UCACGAGUUAGUUGUGAUCCGUACGCGAACGGCGACGGUUCGAAAUUAGUGAAAAAUUCGCUCACAUCUGUGCACUGUGACAGAUUUGAGAGAUUUUUAUCAUUGUUAAAACCACACGAUCGAGCGGUAAUUACGAAAACAUCAGACAACCAUGGUGAAGGCAUACAACGGUGCAUUGAUCCUAGCGGAUGUCUUGGUGCUCAUUUUGAAGAUUUUGUAUUACAUCUGUGAGAGUAUUUAUAAAUUCUUUGUUCCGGCGGAAGAGAAGAGCGUAGCCGGUGAGAUCGUUCUGAUAACAGGCACAGGCCACGGUAUCGGAAAGGAGUUGGCACUCCGUUACGCAUCUCUGGGCGCAACAGUGGUAUGUUGGGAUUUGAACCAACAAGCAAACGAGGAGACGAUUAACGAAAUUAAGAAAACGGGAACUACCGCAGCAUACGCAUAUCAAUGCGACGUCUCGAAGAGGGAAGACGUUCUCAGUGUAGCUGAAAAAGUCAAAAGAGAAGUCGGUGAUGUCACUAUUUUAGUUAACAAUGCGGGUAUAAUGCCUUGCCAUACACUGCUCGAUCAUACGACCGAUGAAAUUAAACGUAUCUUCGACAUUAACGUAUUAGCCCACUUCUGGAUGCUGCAAGCAUUCUUACCAAGCAUGAUCGAGAAAAAUCACGGUCAUGUCGUCGCAUUAUCGUCACUGGCAGGAAUCGGUGGCUUUCCAAAUUUAGUUCCUUAUUGUGCUUCGAAGUUUGCAGUUAGAGGACUUAUGGAAGCACUUAGCGAGGAGUUGCGGAUAGGUACAAAAGGAAAAUCUUUAAUUAAAUUCACCACGAUUUAUCCAUAUAUGGUAGACACUGGACUUUGCAAGAAACCAAAAAUAAAGUUCGAAAAAAUCCUGCCAUUGGUUUCAACGCAACAAGCCGUUUCACAAAUAAUUCGCGCGCAAAGGACAAAUCAGCAAGAAAAAACUGUGCCUUCAUUCUGGUUGUCAACUCUAACAAUAACAAGAAUAUUUCCUGACAACGUACUAAGAGCUGUAGCAGAUUUUUGUGAUAGUGGUGUGGAGGCGGUGUCAAGCUAACAAAUGCAAAAAAAAACACACGUCUGAUUAAUUUCAUACUAAUUCAUAAAUGAAAUCUUUUAUAUAAGUAUGUAGUAUGUUAUUUCAUCAUUUACGAGAUAUCGUACCAAACAAAUCGAGAUUGACAUUGUUUUUGCUAAAUAACUUGCACUAAUAAAACGUAAUAUAAAAACCAUCGGCAAUCUCCGUUUGCACUAUAUUUUAUAAAUAAUGCAAUAACAUAUUAGCACUGUGUGUAAAAAUAAUUUUCAUUUAAUUAAUUAUUAAUAUUUCAUUGUUGUAAUCUAUUGAUAUAGGUAAAUGCGCAAGUGUAGAUGUUUUAUACAUAACGAUGAAAGUAUCGCUAAUAAAAACUUUUUAUACAA